CGGCCGCAACUAGCCCUGCUCCGCUGCCUGCCGCCGCCGCCUGUGUCGCGACGAGAUGUCCGGCAAAGGCUCCGUGGUUCUGGCCUACAGUGGCGGCCUGGACACCUCCUGCAUUCUCGUGUGGCUGAAGGAACAAGGCUAUGACGUCGUUGCCUACCUGGCCAACAUCGGCCAGAAGGAAGACUUCGAGGAAGCCAGGAAGAAGGCGCUGAAGCUCGGGGCCAAAAAGGUGUUCAUCGAGGACGUGAGCAGGGAGUUUGUGGAGGAGUUCAUCUGGCCCGCCAUCCAGUCCAGCGCCCUGUAUGAGGACCGCUACCUCCUGGGCACCGCUCUCGCCAGACCCUGCAUCGCCCGCAAACAGGUGGAGAUUGCCCAGCGGGAGGGCGCCCAGUACGUGUCCCACGGCGCCACAGGAAAGGGGAAUGACCAGAUCCGGUUUGAGCUCACCUGCUACUCACUGGCCCCCCAGAUUAAGGUCAUCGCUCCCUGGAGGAUGCCCGAGUUCUACACCCGGUUCCAGGGCCGCAGCGAUCUGAUGGAGUACGCGAAGCAACACGGAAUCCCCAUCCCCGUCACCCCCAAGAGCCCGUGGAGCAUGGACGAGAACCUCAUGCACAUCAGCUACGAGGCUGGGAUCCUGGAGAACCCCAAGAACCAAGCACCUCCAAACCUCUACACGAAGACCCAGGACCCGGCCAAAGCUCCCAACAGCCCUGACAUCCUUGAGAUCGAGUUUAAGCAAGGGGUCCCCGUGAAGGUGACCAAUGUCAAGGACGGCACCACCCACCACACGGCCUUGGAGCUCUUCCUGUACCUGAACGAAGUCGCGGGCAAGCACGGCGUGGGCCGCAUCGACAUCGUGGAGAACCGCUUCAUCGGGAUGAAGUCCCGAGGUAUCUACGAGACCCCAGCGGGGACGAUCCUUUACCACGCUCAUUUAGACAUCGAGGCCUUCACCAUGGAUCGGGAAGUGCGCAAAAUCAAACAAGGCCUGGGCCUGAAAUUCGCGGAGCUGGUGUACACAGGUUUCUGGCACAGCCCUGAGUGUGAAUUUGUCCGCCACUGCAUCGCCAAGUCCCAGGAGCGCGUGGAAGGGACAGUGCAGGUGUCUGUCUUCAAGGGCCAGGUGUACAUCCUCGGCCGGGAGUCUCCACUGUCCCUCUACAAUGAGGAGCUGGUAAGCAUGAAUGUCCAGGGCGAUUACGAGCCACUCGAUGCCACUGGCUUCAUCAACAUCAACUCCCUCAGGCUGAAGGAAUAUCAUCGCCUCCAGAGCAAGGUCACCACCAAAUAGACCAGCGGACAAUGAGGAGCUGGGCCUCCUCACUUUGCCCAUCUCCCGAGCACGGGCGCUAAUUGUUGUGAUAAUUUGUAAUUGUGACUUCUCCCAGGCUGGCAGCAUCGCGGGGGUGCCAGGCCCCAGCUUUGUUCCCUGGUCUCCUGUAGCCUGCAAAAGUGGUCAGCGAGGGGACGGGUGGGGGGGCGGCUGCAGUGGGGAGCUUGAAAAUGACAAUUAAAAAAAAAAAAAAGAUACGUUAGUCUUUUGUUU